CAUCACCAUCAAAAAGACCAAUUUUCUCAACUCGAGCUCCAUUCAUUCUGUAACCCACAUCUCACACGAGAUCCUCCCAUACUUCUGCAAGGGCCAGCUCGAUCGUCUAUCCCGACGGCUUCCGCUACCAUGCCUGCCGAGGACUCCCGCUCGUACGGCGACGCCGCCCACGAGACUGCUUCUGGCUUCAUCGCCUAUGCCCGCAGCUCUGUCGAUCGUGUUGUAUCCCCAGAUUCUCGCGAGCGCGCGUACAAGAACACGGCCUCAUUCGCGUCUGACCGGCCUUUUCUCUUUUCUAUCAUUGUCUUUCAGCUUCUCUUCGCCUUCCUCCCAAUCCUCCUGUUCAUCACAUUUAGUCUCUCUACCGUCGCCUUUGCCCUCGGCGCUGCCGUCCUCUUUUCGCUCUUUUGGAUCGGCGUCGCCCUUAUGAUCCUGGUGCCGACACUGCUCGUCACAUCGUCCAUUGCAGUUCUCGCCUGGGCCUGGGCUGCAGGAAGCUUCAUCGUUGUCCGAUGGCUGUAUGAGCAUGCACCUAUUGGGGGCAAGGGCAGUAAGGUCGCCAUCAAGCAGGAGAAUGGGAGCUAG